AAGGGAAGUCGCUGUCGCCACAGUCGAAGAGCUUCUGCUGCCGCCGUCACCGCCUGCAGCAGCCGGGACCCUCCGCCUCACCGCCUCCGCUUCGCCGCCCGCGCAUGCCGUCUGAGAAGACCUUCAAGCAGCGCCGCACCUUCGAGCAAAGAGUAGAAGAUGUCCGACUUAUCCGAGAGCAGCAUCCUACCAAAAUCCCAGUGAUAAUAGAACGGUACAAGGGUGAGAAGCAACUUCCUGUCCUGGACAAAACCAAAUUCCUUGUACCUGAUCAUGUCAACAUGAGUGAGCUCAUCAAGAUCAUUAGGAGACGCUUACAGCUCAACGCUAAUCAAGCCUUCUUCCUGCUAGUGAAUGGACACAGCAUGGUGAGCGUGUCCACGCCGAUUUCUGAAGUGUAUGAAAGUGAGAAGGACGAAGACGGAUUCCUGUAUAUGGUGUACGCUUCUCAGGAGACAUUUGGAAUGAAACUGUCUGUGUAAGACUAGAAAAAUGCAUCUGUUCUUGAAUUUUUUUAAAACCUUACCAAGGAGAAAAAAAGGGGUAUUACCAACUGAGAUUGAUGAGUUCAUCCAAUCACAGAUCAUCAAAACAGUAGUGUUCCUGCCUAGGAGUUUUAGGAAGUUGUUUUGUACUGUAAGCAGAAAAACUGAGCUCCAAAUGAGCACAUUCAGCUUUGGAAAACUACAUUAUUUAACCUAGGCUGUUUUGUUUUCAAAUUUAGAAGUUUAAAAAUAAAAUACUUUGUAUUCUAAGUUGCUAGUAGCAUAGACCUUCACAUUAUUUUAAUGCUCCUUCCCUAUUAGGAACCUGCAAUUUAAGCAUUCAGAGACAUUCUUUACGAGGUUCACUGAACUAGCCAACUUUUUGUAGAAGGUUUUCUACUCAACUGGGGAAAUACCUGUAAGAGGAUCUUUAAGUAUAAGUUGUCAAGCAUAGUUGUCUCCCCCCGCUCCGCCCCCCAUUUGCUAUAAUCGUUGGCAAAAAGCUGGGAAAAUGGGGGUAGGAAAACUCUGAACUGCUGCCCAAGGUUCCUGCUCCUCGUGUACGUGUACUGUGAGUCCGUGCUCUCACAGCGCUGGCGAGUUCUUGUUUGCUUCUCUAGACAGUAACAGAAAAGCACCACUGCUCAGUAAGAACCUUGAAUAAUUUAAAAUUUUGGUCUAGUUUCUCAAAGGGCCCAGAGAAAGAACGUGUGACAUUUCUCCUGGUUUGUAUGUUCUCUAAGAAGUCAAACUGCUGUCCGCUUUGGUAAAGAAACGAGCUGUUCUAUCCGUUUCAUUCCUUAACUACAGUGCUAGAAACUACAGGACAUGGGAAGUAAAGCAUUAAAAUUCAGAUGCACUCCCUCUGCCUUUUGGCCUAAAGCUGUAGAUGAUCCAUGUUUUAUGUUAAGUGUGUGACUCUUAUUAAAAAGUUACAUUUUUAAGAGUA